AAUGUUCUCGUUGUGUAUCGUUAAUGGCCAAAUGCGAACUGUUACAGAUAUUAAUAGUGUAGCAACAGCGGCCACACUAGUCCAAAAAUCAUUGCAAACUACGCCUCUAGCCUAAUAGUGUAGCUACAGCGACUACACUGUAGCCCAAAAAUCAUUGCAAGCUACGCCUCUAUCUAGCUCUGUGUCUUGAUUGUAUAAAAGGAUGCAAAAAUGGGACCUGUGUCUUCUGACUAGGCUAUUGCAUAUCCGUUGUAAACGGUGACAUUCCUCCUAGUGUUGAACAUGUGCCUUUGCUCUCUCUGUCCCUCAAUCUAUAUGCAUCCUGGAAAGGUUAUAUCGGAGACCGUAAAAAGCAGGGUUAUAUAGAUACUUGACUAUCAUCACUAUCUCACUAGACACACGUAACAACCAAAGGCAGUGGUAACAUGACAGUUGCAGUUUGAGUAACCCAGCUGACAAUAGAAAAAGCAAUGUAAUGUCCAAAUCAAAUUUAUUUAUAUAGCCCUUCGUACAUCAGCUGAUAUCUCAAAGUGCUGUACAGAAACCCCAAACAGCAAGCAAUGCAGGUGUAGAAGCACGGUGUCUUUUCCUAGGCACUAAGUCUAGGCAGUAAAUCGGGGAGGCAGAUAGCCUAGUGGAUCGAAUCCUGGAGCUGACGAGCAGUGUUGCCAACUCCACAGUAAGGAAAGUAGCUAUUGGUUGUCCUAAAAGUCGCUCGAAGUCGCCAAAUGACGUCAUUGCCUAAUUUGCAUAAUUGGCCAUGUGCAUGUAAUUGUGAUGGAGGCUGUAGGAGAGACAAAAGGGGUGUGUGUGUAUCUCUACCGGAUCCCGUCAUGUCGACCCAGCCUGCUCCGGAGCAGGGAGGUGUGUUGCUGAACAGUGGCCUGUACAUGAAGAGCAAGAAGGGUUUGGAGGCCGGGAAAGUGGAAGGCCUGCAGGCCCGGGGCCAGUGGGCCAGCAAGGCAGAGUUCCUGCUGGCUGUGGCGGGACAGAUCAUAGGCCUGGGCAACGUGUGGAGAUUCCCCUACCUGUGCUACAAGAACGGAGGAGGUGUGUUCUUUGUGCCCUACCUGUUGUUUCUGGUUCUGUGUGGUGUUCCGCUCUUCCUGAUGGAGACCUCUCUGGGUCAGUAUACCAGCCUGGGAGGGGUCAGUGCCUGGAGGAGCAUCUGCCCACUGUUCGGAGGUCUGGGCUUUGCCAGUCAGGUGAUGAUCCUCCACGGGUGUGUGUAUUACAUUGUGGUCCUGGCCUGGGCUCUCUUCUACCUGGUCCACAGCUUCCAGUCAGAGCUGCCCUGGGCCCACUGCAACAACACCUGGAACACAGAUACCUGUGUGUUGUUUGACUGUCAGAACCUAACCUCUGGGACCGGCCUACCAGAGAACGCUACCUCGCCUGUCAUCGAGUUCUGGGAGCGGGAGGUCCUGCAGCUGUCCAGUGGACCAGAUGAGCUGGGGCCAGUCAGCUGGAGGCUGGCUCUGUGUCUACUGCUAGUCUGGGUCGUCUGCUACUUCUGUGUGUGGAAGGGGGUCAAAUCCACUGGCAAGGUGGUCUACCUUACCACCACGUUCCCCUACUUGAUGCUGGCCAUCCUGCUGGUACGUGGCAUCACCCUGCCUGGAGCUGCCCAGGGCAUCGUCUACUAUCUCAAUCCCAACAUCACCCGCCUGGCAGACCCACAGGUAUGGAUGGAUGCGGGGACUCAGAUCUUCUUCUCUUAUGGCAUCUGUCUGGGGAGCCUUACCGCCCUGGGCAGCUACAACAAAUACAACAACGACUGCUAUAAGGACUGUUUUUCCCUGUGCCUGCUGAACAGUUGCACCAGCUUCCUGGCAGGCUUUGCCAUCUUCUCUGUGCUAGGCUUCAUGGCUCAGGAGCAGGGCGUGGACAUUGCAGAUGUGGCCCAGUCAGGCCCUGGGCUGGCCUUUAUAGCUUACCCUCGGGCCGUAGCCAUGAUGCCUCUCCCUCAGCUCUGGGCUGUGUGCUUCUUCCUCAUGAUCAUCAUGCUGGGGCUGGACACACAGUUUGUGAGCUUGGAGGCCCUGAUGACCUCUGUGACUGACCUCUACCCUAUGGUGAUCCGGCGAGGUUAUCGACGAGAGCUGCUGCUGCUGAUGGUGUGUGUCGUCUGCUUCCUGGUUGGCCUGGUCAUGGUCACCCCGGGUGGUCUCUAUGUGUUCCAGAUCUAUGACCACUACUCCUGUAGUGGGGCCAGUCUGCUGCUCCUGUCCAUCUUCCAGUCAGUGGCCGUGGGCUGGGUUUACGGGCCUGACAGGUUCAAUGACAACAUUAAGCACAUGAUUGGCUACAGCCCGCUGCCCUUCUUCAAGCUGUGCUGGCGCUACCUGACGCCAGCCAUGUGCACGGCGACGUUUGUGUUCUCCUUGGUGUGCUGGUCCCCUCUGUCCCUGGGCAAGGGCAUAGUAGCCCCGGGGUGGGCCACAGCUCUGGGAUGGCUCCUCACCCUCUCCUCUGUCUCCCUGCUGCCCCUCUGUGCACUUUACGCCCUUGCCACCACCCCCGGCAGCCUAACACAGCGUUUCCGCCGGCUGUGUCGUCCUGCCCCCGACUCCAAUUUGGCCAUGGACCACCGGAACCACCUCUCACCUUUGAACCCUGUCUGGCUCUCACCGCCAGAAAUCCAAUGAGCCAAUCGCAGACGUGCUCUAGGGACGACCACCCUGGGUUUAGCCAAUGAUACGGUUUCUGCGCACCAAUGGGACAGAUCAGAAUUGGGGGUCAUGGGAUGUUUCUGUGGAGAUGGGAAGGCCUCUGCCCCUCUGUUGUGUUCUCACUGGUAAAUGGAGACAGGAUGGUGGUUGAAACUGUGAUGGGCCUGGGAUAUGUGGACCGGACUUAGUGACAUGCCCAUGAAGGAGGGGGGAGGGGGAAAUGACCUCAUCAAUUCAGUCAGACUAGUCAAUGGUUUCUGACUGGACUAUUUUGAUCAGACUGAUUGGGUCUGAAAUGGUACCCUAUUCCCUCCCUAUAUAGCACACUAUUACCUUUAACCAGGGCGCUAGGGCUCUGGUCAAAAGUAGUGCACUAUGUAGGAAAUAUGGUGCCAUUUCAGUCUGUAAUUGGCUGAUUGGAUUAAGGCAUUAAGUGAAACUGUUUACAGAAAAUGAGAAAUCUCAUCUGGGAUUGGAAGUAGUGAAGAAAAUCAGACCGUAAAAUAUAUAUUUCUCCUUUUUGCUAUUUAUUGUGUUGAAUAAUGAAUCGAGUAUGCAGUACCAUGUUGAAAACAGAAGUAAUAAUCAGAGACAUACCAUACACUGAGUGUACGAAACGUUAGGAACACCUGCUCUUUCCAUGACACAGACUGACCAGGUGAACGCUAUGCUCCCUUAUUGAUGUCACUUCUUAAGUCAUUGUACCUAAACUGUAUGUGUAAAC